AUGUCCCUAACAGUCACAUUUCAAGGCCGCAAGUUCCAAACAUCUUUUGAUUCAGAGUACACACGGCUGGGCGAUGAAUGGGCAGAUGCAGUGACUUUAAGACAACUAAUUGACCAGCUGUCGCAACAAUCCAGAGUGCCUGCAGAAAACAUCAAGCUGUUGUCAUCUGGUGGUGAGAGAUCUCGUCAUCCUCCAAGUCGUCGAUAUCCUCCUACUGAUUCAAACCGCCAUAGCCCUAUAGGGACUCGGUCUUCCCCUUCCAAGUCGUCUGCUGCUGCUUCUAGGACUCCUCAUACUCGGACUUCAGCUGAAUACUCUAGUACAUUCUACUCAUCAUCACCUUUGCGUAACCAAUCGAGCGAGCAGAGUUCGUUCACCAUUCCUGACAGAAUCAGUUCAGCAUCGAAACAUUCAAACCAUAAACAAUCUCAGCAUCCAUUGCCCAGAAAAAAAAGCAGCGGUGAUAGGGAUAGCUCCAGCGUUGCAGUUUCUGCAUGGGGCAAGUUUAUGGAUCUUGUUGAGCAGGGGUCGAAUGCGGUCACUGGAUUUUUAGAUCGAUUGGAUGGAUCAGGGAGUGGUGAUUCAGGAAGUAGCAAUAGUAGAGAAGACGGCAGCAGCAGAACAAUAGGGGAAGAUUCUGGUUCAUGGGGUGCGGAUCUUGAGUGA